AUGGGGAUCCACACUUGGACUGCAGGCGACCCAAUGGGCAUUCACGGUGACAACGAUGGCUGUCUACGACGACUUCGCUGGGCCACGUUCUUCUACCUCCUGCGAACGUUGGGUUUUGCAGUAGAAGAUGUCAAUUUGCAGAACCAUCUCAACACCGAUGCUCAAAUGUUUUACUGCGAAUCUAUACUGAACGGAGUAAUCUCGUGGACUGAGACGGGUUUCAGCAACGCUUGUUUUCUCGUUUAUCCAGAGACUGCAGAUCGAAAACGCAUAGCUAGAGCGAAGGAAAUUAUGCAGGCAGAGAUGGGUAAGCUUGUUCAGACAUAUCCAACAACGAAU